GGUAGUCACUGACAUCCUGCUGACCGGGAAGAUCUCCGUUGCACCGUUCAAUGAGAUCAACCAGAGACGGGUGCGGUCCAUAAUGUUCCAGAACGCAACCAUGACGGACGAGGCCAUCAUUCACUUCCUGAAGGUCAUGGACAGGGCUCCAGUAGAGUUCGUGGGGUCAGAGGACGUGAUGUUCCAGGGUACAGGCUCCUGGGAGUCGGCUGGACAGACGCGUCAUGACAGCCUGGACACGGUCUACUUCAGAAACAUAGAGAUCAUGAAUGUCUUUAAGUUCACCUCCUUCCUGUUCCUGGGAUUUCUACUGCAAAACCUCCGACAGAUCUCUAUCAUUAACUGUAAGGUGUAUGUGAUGCCGUGUCUGACCUCUCGCAUGUUGCCCCACCUGGAGUACCUGGACCUGAGCAGUAAUCUACUGACCGACCUGACCCUGACGGAAUCUCUGUGUGGCGGGGAUGGAACCCUGAGCAAUCUCAGAGUUCUGAACGUCAGCGACAACGCCUUAAAGUCCCUGUCCCUCCUCAGCAAACUGGUCACCCGUCUGAACAAACUAGUCCACCUGGACAUCAGUCAGAACGCCUACACCUCCAUGCCCUCCACCUGCUCCUGGCCCCAGACCCUGAUUCACCUCAACCUCUCCUGGGCUAAGCUACGGAGGGUCACCCCCUGUCUGCCCCUGACCCUGGAGGUCCUGGAUCUGGGACGCAAUGACCUGACAGCCUUCCAUAGUGUUGCUCUCCCGGCCCUGAGGGAGCUGCACCUCUCUGGGAACAAGUUGAUGCAUCUGCCCCAUGGAUGGUUGUUCCCUAGCCUGGAGGUCCUCCUGAUCCAGAGCAACACUCUCAACAUGUGGACCGUGGACCUCAGACUCUACGGGAGGCUCCGAGCACUGCAGGCCGGACAGAACAGGUUUGUGUGUUCCUGUGAGUUUGUCUCCUUCAUGGUCUGGAGGUGGGGUGGAGCAGUAGAGGGCAGUGUUGAGCUAACAGACAGAUUGGAUAACUACCUUUGUGACUCACCGCUGCCCCUGCAGGGCCAGAGGGUCGACCGCGUCCGGCUCUCACCGUUCCAAUGCCACCGCGUCCUCCUCGUGUCCGCACUCUGCGGCUGUAUACUAAUUUCCGGAAUCCUGUUGGUGAUUCUGCUGUGGAAGCUCCACGCGGUGUGGUACAUGAGUAUGAUGUGGGCGUGGCUUAGAGCCAAACGGAAUUCCGGUAACCGGAAGCGCCGGGAUGCAGCAGGGAACGCCGACCCCCUCUGCUAUGAUGCGUUCGUGUCGUACAGCGAGCGAGACGCAGAGUGGGUCGAAGAAUUCCUGGUUCCAGAGCUGGAGAAUUCCCAGCCUCCACUCUCCCUCUGCCUCCACAAGAGAGACUUCCUGCCAGGCCACUGGAUCAUGGACAACAUUAUCAAUGCAAUGGAACGCAGCCGACGCACACUCUUCGUCCUGUCAGAACACUUUGUCCACUCCGAGUGGUGCCGGUACGAGUUGGACUUUUCCCACUUCCGUCUGUUUGACGGGAACGCAGAGGCGGCCGUCCUGGUGCUCCUGGAGCCCAUCUCCAAGGACGACGUUCCCAAACGCUUCUGCAAGCUCCGCAAGUUGAUGAGCUCCCGUACCUACCUGGAGUGGCCUGAAGAGGACGAGAGGAGGGCAGAGUUCUGGAGCAACCUCCGACUGGCCGUGAGGGGAGGAGACGAGCUGUGAUCCAACAGAGUUUCAGAAGGCUGGAAUUCCAGAAAUUGAUUGGUUG